AUGACACCGGAAAUUUUUAAUUCUAACGAACACUCAUUUUAUGAUAAAUUGUUAACCAUGUCACCACCUAUAGAAUUAUUUAUGACAGUUGAUGAAUUAACCUCACCAGCUUAUAAUUCUAGACGUGCAAAACAAUAUAGAAAAAACCCCUCAUCCAUUACACCACCCAGACCACCAAACGGAUUCGUAUUAUAUCGAAAAAAUUGUUACGCGGAAAUAAAAUUAACCGGAACGAAAACUAAGAACGAAAACGUUUCAAGUCUUGCCUCACAAAGAUGGAAAGAAAACCCACAAAUUCAUUACUAUUUCGAGAUUGCCGCUGAGGCGGCAAAAGAGAGGCAUAAUUUAUUAUACCCCGGGUAUAAAUAUUCUCCUAAGAGAAAAGACACAAACCAAAAAAAGAAAUCUAAAAGGGUUCAUAAAUCAAAAAUCGGUUCGUCAUGUUCGAAUGACUUUAUUUUGAAUGAGGAAACUUCACCCGUCGACCCUCAUUCUACGGAAUUUCAAUAUAAUAAUUUCGAUAAUAGUUUUUUUAAUGAUAAAUCUAAUGAACAAGAAUUUCUUGAAUUAUUCGAAGAAAUUAUUAAUAUCGAUAUAAAUUC